AUGAGAGCAGCAAGACCUGCGAUGCCAGCCAGACCGUUGACCGCCACUGUUGCCCUUGGCAUAGCCGCACCUGUCGCACUAGAUUCUGCCGAUGUUGCAGCAGAGGAAGCUCCUGAGGCGGCUGAGCUGGUCGCACUGGCCAGAUGCGAAGACGCUGAGCUGGCCAACGAGGAAGCAGAAGCUUCGGCGGACGAAGCAGCACUAGAGGCGGCAGAGGAGGCUGAUGAGAUUUGGGACGAAAGGGAUGCCGAAAGAGACGAGGCCGAAGCGCUUGCGCCAGAGGCAGCCGAUGACGCACGACUUGAAGCAGAGGACUACAAUCCGUUAGCGAAGCAGGUACACAUUUUUCACGGGACGAUGUUACUGACCCCAGCUCCAACUGCGCUAAAGAUGGUGGAUGUGCCCACGGCUGUGGUGAAUGUGCUGCCUGCACUGUUUGUGCCCGUGGAGAACAGAGUCUCAGUCGAGAUGGGAGUCGAAGAGCCACCACCACUGCCACCCGUACCUGCACCAACUGCACUAAAGAUGGUGGAUGUGCCAAGAGCGGUGGUGAUAACGCUGCCAUCGGAAGUAAGAGUCGAAAAGAGCGUCUCGGUAGAAAUUGGAGUGGAAGAAGCACCAGAGCCAGCACCAGAGCCAGUGCCCGAGGCACCAGAGCCAGAAGCACUUCCAGCAGGAGUACCAGUGCCAGUAGCAGUCGCACCACUAGCGCCAGUCGCGGUCGCACCACCGACAGUCAAGGCAGAGGUUCCCGAGAGAGACCCAACAGAGCUACCGGCGCUAGAUGCGGAAGCGGCAGCUAGCGACCAUCAGUACAUUGUCCAAACCCGGGCAGGAUGUCCAUAUUCACUCACCCGAGCUGCAGUAAUUCUGCCCGUACGUAAGAAUCGGUGA